GUUAGGCAUUUUGCACCGUUCUCGUCCAAGAGAACGCCACGGGCCGCAGUGUUCGCGGCAGGCCUCCGAGCUUCUGCGCUUGCCUGCCCAGACUUAGCCGGGAGCGCGUCCUCCCUCGCCCCCCGCCUUGGCGCCCCCAAGUACGCGGGGGCGGCCGCCUGCAAAUGCGCAACCAGGGCCGACCGUGCGGCGCAAACGAAGACGGGCAGGGCCAAGACUUGCGCGCACCGGCGCGGGAGCUACGGCCCAGCAGGGUGGCGAUUUGGACCUGGGCGGGUGUGUUGCUUGUUAUUUGGCCGGCCCACCUGCGGGACCGACGCGCCUUGGAAGGGUUUCAGCCUCGACGGCGCCCCUUAUGCGUGGCCUGCGAACUUGGACGACCCCAGGCGCUACAGCGCGGGCGGAUUUUUUGUUUUACAACGAAGAGCGAGGCCGGCCGGGCCGGCGAGCUAGCAGUGGCGCGCCAGCGCCGCAGCUGAUAGCCCCAAUGUAAUUGGCGGCGCCAUUGGUGGCGCAGGCGG